GUCUGCCGUUUAAUUUGUGCGUCCUUUUAUUUCGUUUUCUUGUAUUUCUGCACGGUGUAAUGUCUGUUUCUCGGGCUGCUUUGGUGCUCUUCUGCGCGGUGUUGGCGGUGACUCGUGCCCGCAGGAGUUCAUCGGAGCUGGAGGAUGUUCAGGAGAAAAUCAACAACGCCAGAUGCACCUCCAGGUGCCUCACUCUACAUAUGACUCAGCUCACCGCUGCCUUCAGACACCUCCAGAGUGACCACGUUCUGGAUUGGUGUGAAAACCACAGACGCUGCGCACAGUGCCUACAACCAUGCAAAGAACUGUGGGAAACCAAGAAGGUGCAUUCUCCAAAGUCCUGUGAGAAGCAGACAGAGUGUGUGACGAGCAGGGAGUUUCUGACCUCUCUGAGGUCGUCUCGUCAGGGAGACUGCCCUCUGCCUCAGCGAGCCACCGGAUUCGCUGCAGCCUGCGUGGAGAGCUGCUCGUCAGACCAGCAUUGUCCCUGCCCCAGAAAAUGCUGCUCUAAUGGCUGUGGACACACUUGCCAAUCCCCAGCCAAUCUAUAUAAAGGUGUUCCUCUGAAGCCUCGCAGAGAGAUGAGCUUCGUAGAGGAUUCCGAAGGUGGUGUGAAGGUGGUGUGGGUGUCAAAGUUCAAUGUCAGCGUGGAGCCGGUCGUCUACAUGCUCCAGUCCCGCUGGAACAUCGGGAUUCAUCCCAGUGAAGACCAUGCUUCUCCUUGGACUACUGUUGCCGUGACCCUUUCUGAAGAUGUGGUUCUGUCAGAUUUGAGAUCUCAGCGCUGGUACCAGUUCAGAGUAGCAGCCAUCAACAGCCACGGCAGCAGAGGCUUCACCACACCCAGCAAACACUACAUCUCCAGUAAAGAUCCCUCAAUUCCAGAGCCUCCAAUAAAUGUCAGAGUGAGCAACCAGACUCUAGAUUGGACAGGUUCACAACCAGGCAUCCAACUCACAGAAAGGUCGAGGGGAAGUGGGGUCACAGUGGCGGUCUUAUUAAGCUGGGAGCCCCCCAGAGAGGGAGACCUGCCAGUCCACAACUACAGAGUCACCUGGAUGUCUCGACAUACACACACAGCGCACAAACACACACACACCCUGCACGCACACACACAUACAGUACACACUAACAAGCACACACGUCAUACACACUCACGCACACCAGAACAGGGCAAAAAGGAGAGCAACAGCAGAUUGACUCAGGGGACGCAGUGUGAGCUGUGGCUGCAGGGACUGCUGCCGGCUACUUCCUACUUCCUGUCUGUCCAGACGGUGGCCUACUGGGGUCAGAAAAGGCUGAAAAGUCCCAGAGUCCAAAUUGUCUUCACCACAACAAGUCAUACAGGUGAAGACUUCUCCAAUGAGCUCCCCUCUUCCUCAUCCUCAUCAUCUCUUCCCUCCUCUCCUUCCCUUUCAUCCUCCUCCCCUUCUUCCUCUGACCUCCCCGUCUCCUCCUCCCUACCUCACCCUGAAUCCCCCCCUAACCCUGUCGCUCCUGGCAACCUGCGCCUGGAGGUCGCUGCCCCUCACUACCAUGACGACCAGCUGCAGGUGAAGGUGUUCUGGAAAUGGCCUCGCCACGGCAGGCAAAGACACCCUGGUCCAUACAUUUUGCAGUGGCGUCCACAUACCUGCAGUACUAAUGUGACAAGUACAGAGAGAACAACAACUGUGCAGGGCACCCAUCACACCAUCACAGGUCUGCUGUUUGCCUGUAAGUACCGGGUCGCUGUGGCAAUGCAGGCUGACUCUGGAUCAGAGGCCCUUGCCUGGGUUACGACCCCGACUUGCUCCUCCAUCAGGCUCAGAGGAGGAAAAGCUUUGCCCUGCAACUCUGAGGAGCGCCUCCUUGCAGGCAGAAAGGUGGUACUGCGUCCAGAACGGCUGACAGCAGACUUUCAACAAGUCAAUGGCAGCCUGCUCACGACGCUUCGCUGGAGGAUGUCCCAGCAUGCACUGGACCCGGCAGCUGUGGAGGGCUUCCAAUUCACCUGGACGCUGCAAUCAGGGGUUACCACAGCAAUGGAAGGGCAAGAAGACACACUUAUUUCCCAGACGCAGACAAUCGCACCGUCUCAGCGGUCGGUGUCAGUUCAUGGUCUUCAGGCUGACAGUGUUUACAAGCUGCAGCUCCAGGUUCUAACAGUAGGGGGGAACAACGGCGCUGCAGUCUCCAAGACCAUACACACUCCAGCUACCGCCACACUUUGAUAGGCCCAAACGCCGCAGCUGCCAUCGUCUACUGCACCAAGCUCUUCUUCGCCAACAUCCACUUUUCCACGUUAUUCUAUAGUGCAACAUCCUUUCAUUGCAGUUAAAGUGCAGAAAACAUGACCAAAGCUGUAAAAUAAAGAAAGUUCCUCUGUGUAAAGUCACUCUCUCAUAUGGACUCUCGUAUUUCCUACUCUGACUUUUUACCCCACUUUAAUCACAACAGGAAGGUUGUGAGUUUGUUCUAAUGGAGGGGGGGAAAAAUCUUUCAUCUAAUUAAUCAUUAAUCUGUCAGCUGGUCCAAAGUGUAUGGCUUAACUCAAUAUUGUUUUGUACAAAUUGUAAAAAAUAUCUGUACCUGUACAUGGUGCCAAUUUAAAAAGCAAUAAGUACUUACGGUUAGUCUAUAAACGUCUAUCCUUAAACAAUAUAUUUUAUAUUUUUGUAUUAAAACUGCAGAAUUUUUCAAAUGAUUCUUCUUGACAUUAUUGCCACAGCAAUGCAGGACAUGUAUGUGAAAAGUGAGCCUCUUUGCAUGGCUGCAUCUGGACAUGUUUGGUGUUUAGAUGUGACUAGUCGGGUCAUUUCUAAUCACCUGACAUCACUUGAGCCAAAUGACACUUGUAAAGAGACUUAUCAUGCCUGUUGUUUUUGAUCAUGCAAGUAGAGAAUGUUAUAGCACUGACCUUAUGUACAAAUAGAAAUGUAUAGCAACAGACUGACUGUGUUUAUUAUAAUGCAUAAUCUUCUGCAUUAUCUUGAAUUAAGCUCAAAUAUAUUUUAAUACUUUGUUCAUAUGUUAAAGAAAUGUUGGUAAUGUUUCACUCACAUCUGUCUGAAUUUGCUUGUUUGAUACAUUUUGGGCCUAGUGUAGCAUUACUUUGCAUUAUGGUACACCUAUUUCACUAAACAAUAAUAUUUGACACUUUUACACACUUGAUAUAGCUGAACCUGUGGUAGAUUUCUUUGUUGUUUCUCUUUGAAAAUGUUGGAAACUACUGGUGUCAAGCAACCAGUAAUUAUCAUGUUAAUAUUCUCACUGUUACUUUUUUUUUUUUACAUUUU